AUGCCUGUCGUCGCAGAGUCCAGAGCAUCGCGUGUUGGACGCUCUUCCAAAGCGCCGACUUUCUUUGACCAAAAGGCUUGGGAAUCCCUCGCUCAUCUACACAGCAAAAGAGAGCCCGAGAUCCACCUCCCAGACCCAGUAACAACGCCAAUCUACACAUUCGACACGGUUGAGCAAUAUGCGGCUAUCUACCGAGCCGGUGCUGAGUUCGAGGUGAACCUCGACAAGACUACCGUGGACGAGUUCAAUGCUGCGCGCCAUGUCUUCCGUACAUGGGUCUAUCGUCGUCUCAGCAAUACGGAAGGGAAGCAGCAUUGGCUCUUUGCAAUUGAGGAUGGAAAUCUCCCUGAUGCUUUUCCUAAAGAAGGGGAGCAGACUGGCUGCUUACUUGCUCUUUUCAGUGAUCCAGCUGGCCUGAAGCAGGUAUCUCGCGAGUGGUUUGCGUAUCGCAUCGAAAAUGCCCGAUCGCCCUUGAAAGACUUCAUUUUCUUUAGAGUCUCCUUCCCAUCCAACGUUGCCUCCCAGUCAAUCUUGACACCGUUGGUUGAUGAAAACAACUGUCAUGUCCAGGACGCAUCGUUACUCACCCAUGCAAACAGCAUGUAUUCUAUGCUCACGCUGGAACACGCUGAUCCGACGAGCAAGGCAGAGUUGGAGGCUCUGGACAAGCUGAUCAAUCUAGACGAAGGCCCAUCAAAGAAUGCCUUUGACUGGAUUCGCACCUUUAAAGAUCCAGCAUCCUAUGUCAAUAUGUUUGAAAAGCUUCCACAUAUGCGGGUAGCUAUCGACAAUCCGGAUACACUACCAACAAAUCUCAGCAAGAUGGUCGCAAAAGCCAAUCCGCUGCAGCUUGCAACUUACAAAGAGUUGCUACAGCGACUUCCUUGUGGAGUUGGAAUCAUACCCGGCGGAUCUGGAGGAGGCAAAACCUUCUUCAACAUGUUGCUGACCGCCAUGGCGCAGUCUCAAGAGCUCAAGACCGAGGAUGGCACACGCCGUGUUAAGAUUCUUUAUCUUAUAGAUAUUAACAGCCCAGUGGAUGAUGCCACCAACAAGUGUGUCAAAAUGUCAGAAACUUUUGGCGAUGGAAAACAAAUUGUUCGCAUGUUCGGAUGGAGUCGCGAGAUGAAGCAAGGGCUGAAGGUGCUUCUCAGGAAAGAGAAGGCCAAGCAUGUUCAAGCCCCUCCGCUUGAGGAAGAAAAGCCAGAAAGCUCUCAAUCCUCUGAGCAGUCACCUUCCACCAAAGAGAUCGCAGGUCCUACCACCGCAUUUCUUACCAUGGCUGCAAAAGUCGCCGACAAUACUGCAGGUGAUCGCUUUAAGUCAGACUGUCUUGCACCAACUCUUGAUCAGUUGGCUUUCAAGCGCUUUGAAGCCCAGAAAGAGGAAUAUUCUGAGCUGGAAGCGGUGCUUGAAGAAUAUUUACAGAAUAAGAUCGAGCCUACCACCAUGCGCAUACUGAGGGCGACCACCGAAAAUCUCUACAAAGACACUCUCGAGCAGGUAGACUUUCUAGCUGCCACACCCGUCGCAGCAGCCUCUUUGGCAGAUGGGCGUUUCAAGCCAGAUAUUGUGCUAUUUGAUGAGGCGCCCCACGCCAGGGAACUUGCAAACUUGAUCCCGAUCGCCCACUUCUCUCCAAUGGCAUGGAUAUUUACCGGCGAUUUCCGGCAAACCGGCUGCUAUGUAGGCUCGGAUAAAAACCCUUGGGAGAUACAGAUGAAGAUGUCAGUUAUGGAGAGGGCACAUUAUGCCGGUGCCACCACACAUGAACUGCUCAUGAACCAUCGAGCAUUCGCCACUCUCCACCAGAUGCCUUCGAACAUGUUUUAUGACGCCAAGAUGGUCACAGGUCACACUGCCGACACCAUUUUGCCCUUGCCGACUAGAUUCAUUUGCAAGUGGAUGGAGACAAACUUGACGGGCGGAUCUCAAGUCACAAUCCCAAGAGUUCUGGCGCAUCUUCGUAAUGCAAAUGCUAGCACCAAGGUUGACAGUUCAUUUUGGAACCCAACUCAUCACGCCUGGACAAUGCAGCAAGCCAGGAAGCUCCUGAGCAACCCGAAUUUCGUCAGCGUUGACGCUCAAUCCCCACUGGGAACGAUACUUAUUAUUGCGCCUUAUAGACAAGCCGUCACUCAAUAUAAAAGAGCAGCAGGAUACCUGUGCCGUGAACUAGCCGAGGCUCAAGGAGUGCCAGCCAAGACGAUGUUCUCUCGCCUCGAAGUGAGGAGUGUGGACACAGUCCAAGGCCAUGAGGCAGACUUUGUCUUCUUCGAUCUUGUUCGCGAAAAACCGACCGAGUUUCUUGACGAUGACAAGCGUCUGGCCGUUGCCACAACCCGUGCUCGCCAGGGCGAGGUAUACAUCAUGCACCCAAUGAUGGCGCAGAGGCUUGGCAGCACUAAGAACCUGCACGCCAUUUAUAGUGGCUGCCUUCCACGAUGUGAGAAUGGCCUAGUAUACAACGCAAACGGCUGCCAGGGUCGAUACGGGCAAAUUGCGCAUCAAUUCUUCCACCGUGAGCCGAACUACGGGAGUCUAAGAAACUAA